AUGGCAGAUGAUAUCCUCAUCUUCUCCCACUCUCCCGAGGAAAAUCACCAACAUGUCCGCCAGGUCCUCCAACGCCUACUUGAGAACCGCUUCUUUGUGAAACCGGAAAAGUGUGAAUUAAAUCUCUCCUCCCAACACUUCCUGGGAUACAUCAUUGCCAAAGAACAGUUACAACCAGACCCGGUAAAAAUCCAAGCAGUCAUCAGCUGGCCCAUUCCCUCCACCCGCAAAGAGCUGCAACGUUUCAUAGGCUUAGCAAACUUCUACCGUAGAUUCAUCCGUGAUUACAGCAAAGUGGCCGACCUUCUCACCAGUCUCACCUCCACCAGCUCUCCAUUCCAUUGGACCCCUGUUGCAUCCCAAGCAUUUGAGCGCCUUCAGGAGCUAUUCACUAGUUCCCCAAUCCUGAGACAGCCCGACCCCUCCCUCCAGUUUGUUGUGGAUGUUGACGCCUCUGACACUGGAGAUGGGGCCGACCUCUCCCAGCAGGACCCUGAAUCCCCAAAAUGA